AUGAUUUCCGAAAUACGAUCGGAACAGGAGGGGAUAAAAUGGCUGGGAGACAAACCAAACCAGGCAGUAGUCAUACACUCACAGAAAUGUGGAGUUCUCCUGUUAGGCGAUAUUCUGAAAGAGUGGAUAGCCAGCGGACAACAAAAAAACUUCUCCGAGCGGGUCACAGCGGUGCAGAUCGGCAGGCUCCGCCUCAUCCCGACCUAUCAGCCCCUGUGGAGUAAGGGACCUGAGGAAAUAGAAAAGUUCAGGAAAGAUUUGGAAAAUGAGCUUGCUCGAACUCCAAAAGAGAGCGUACCCAUACUGGGAGGCGAUUGGAACGCGCAAGUUGGAAGAGGGAGUCAAAGACAGGGCAUACGUGGGAAGUACGGCCUAAAGACAGAGACAAAAGAAGCUGGAGAAAGUCUACUGGAUUGGUGCGAAGAACACCAGCUACAACAUGCCAACUCCUACUUCCCAAUACGCUCCCGAGGAACAUGGUUCAACCAGAUGCACAGACGUUGGUACGAGCUCGACGGUUUCUUAAUGAGAGCUUCCGAUCGCCACCAAAUGGUCCGUAGGGUAGCCACGGCGCAGGACAUGGCAUUAUCGGACCACAAGCCCGUCUGGAUUGACAUUUGGCGCGAACAAAAAAAACGGCGACCUAGAAUAGAAAAGAACACCGCAGAUAGACUGGGAACGCAUGAGAAACAAAGAAAUGGCGGAAGCAUACCGCAAGAAGACGGAGGAAAAACUCAACAACGAGGAAGGGAAGACUGGGACUCCAUAUCGCGGAAGCUCACAGAUGCAGCGGAGGAAAUAUGUGGCACAAAGAAACGACAGAUAGCCAACCCGUGUACAGUGGGAUAUGAAGAAGAACUGAAAAGCCUACACACGGAAAUUUCCACAGAAGUAAUUCACAGAAACGAGCUGAUCAGCCAAACACUUGGAGAAUCACAUGGCAUGCUUGCCGAUGCCCUAACGGCAUCAAGAGGAAGACUGGUAGCCGCACGCAAGAAGAUGAAGAAACGCCUACGACAACUAGAAAGACUAUGGUGGGACGAAAUCAUCAUCGAGUGCGAAAACGCAGCGGAGAAAGGGGACAUGGGUACCAUGUACAAAACUUUAAGGAAACUGGGAACAAGAUCACUUAAACACCAGACAGGCACCACUAUCUCUACUGACGAAUUCAAGGCCCACUUCAGCAACUUAUCGAAGGACCGAUAUGAGAACGAACCUGGUACUUUGAUGAACACAGUCAAACAGAUGCCAGAUAAAAGCAAAGACGUCAAGUUCAUAACAGCCAACCAGAAGCUGAACACCCUUCCGUCCGAGAAAGAAAUCAUGGAAGCACUGGAUGAGGUGAGAGAAUCGGCGCCAGGCAAGGACGGGGUCCGCAUGGUAUACAUUCGCAACGCAUACUGGAAAUGGAGGGAGAAAGUCAUCCACCUGGUGAUGAGAAUGUUCACGACCAGAGCAGACCUGUGGGAAGAGUCUCUAAAGAAAGGCCAAAUAGUACCAUUGCACAAAAAAGGGAACAUCAAUGACGCCAACAAUUUCCGAGGUGUGUGCCUGCUCUCAAUGGCUAGUAGAAUUCUAGCAAGAGUGAUCGCAAACCGCCUGAGAACAUGGAGCGAAGAACUCCAGGUAUUGGACGAAAACCAAAGCGGGUUUCGACCAGGCAGGCCCACGGCAGACGCAAGCCAGAUCUUCAUAAGGAUAAGAGAGGACGUGGAAGAUCUCAGGAGACGGAGGAUAAGAGCCGGAAUCUCAGUAGAAGCCAACACAGACCCAGAAGCCAGACUUUUAGACCUAACAAAAGCUUAUCCGCGGGGCAAAGAGGGCGACAGCGAAGAAUGGACUCCCGAAAGAGGGUUAAGAGAAGGUUGCCCAUCUUCGCCUUCAUUGUUUAACAUAUACCACCAAGUGGUAAUGCGGCAAGCUGAGAAAGCCAGACUAGACAGAGCCGAGGAGAACAACGACACCACCCCCAUCGGCGAGAAGGAAGAAAUAGAGUCUGGUACAGCAACAAUAAAAGAAGUUAUGAUGAACUUCGAGGAGAAAAACAACGAAGAGAAAGAACAGAAACUAGAAUUCGGAAAGGACGGAUCAGGUGGCAUCAGAAUGCUAGGAGUGUGGAUCGGGGCGAAAGAAGACAUUAAGAACAGAAAAAGACGAGCAGGAGGACUAUGGCCAAAGGUCAAGCGCCGGCUGACAAAGAGCAGGCUGCCGAAACGAAUCCAGGCUAGAGUUGUCCAAUGCUGCGUAGAAAGCGGCUUAUUGUUUGACGCCAACGUAACGACAUGGAAAAACUCGGAGUUAAAGUCUUUGCAAAGUUGGCUUGACCGGUGCUAUAGGCACGUCUGGAGCCCAAAGUCGAAGCCGCCAUUAAUUGAAAUGCAAGAAAAAGGAGUAAAUAUGCAGGACAUCAGAAACCAACUGAACAUCAAGACGAUCCGAGGGAAAGUUGAAGGAAGAACUCUAAAACGAAUAGGCCAUGUAAUGAGAAUGGAUGACAAAAGAUUGACUAAAGCAGCUUGUCUAGGGUGGCUAAACGAUCUGCAAACCCUACCGAAAUGUCCGGGAAAAAAAGACAAAACACUACUCUACUGGCGGAAGCUCAUCAGAGAAGCGGGAAUGGAUGUGAACGAGAUAGACAAACUGACUCAGGACAGAAAAGGAUGGAGGCGAGCGGUCAAAGCACGAAUGGAGCACCUGCUCAACAGAAGCGCUCAACAGAAGCAAAAAAGGAGCUCUAGAAAAACGAAAAGAUAA